GUGUCCGCAACCAAUCGGUACCCGAGUUUUGUGAAGAUAGUAGAGGUCGGGCCCCGGGAUGGCCUCCAAAACGAAAAAGAGUACGUGCCGCCCAACACUAAGAUCGAGUUCAUAUCACGUCUGUCGCAAACGGGUUUAUCGGUGGUCGAGGCGACGGCAUUCGUGUCGCCCAAAUGGGUGCCACAAAUGGCCGAUCACUCGCAGGUCUUCUCCACCGUUGUUAACAAAUUAGGCAAUAAUUCAAUUAAUUAUCCCGUUUUGGUACCAAAUACUAAAGGUCUGGACGACGCGAUACGCGCCGGCGUCAAAGAGAUCGCCGUAUUUACCACCGUUUCGGAGACUUUCUGCAAGACUAAUGUCAACUGUUCUAUCGCUGAGAGUCUUCUGCGGAUCGAAGAGGUGAUCAACACUGCGCUCAAGAACGACAUCAAAGUCAGGGGUUACAUAUCGUGUUGUCUCGGCUGUCCAUACGAGGGCUCCAUAAGCAGCGCAAAAGUGGCUCAAUUGGCGCACAAACUCUACCAAAUGGGUUGCUAUGAGAUCUCGUUGGGCGACACGAUAGGCGUCGGCACUCCGGCCACAAUGCGUGCCCUACUUGAGGACGUACUCAAACUGAUUCCCGUCGAUGUGGUGGCCGUCCACUGUCACGACACGUACGGCCAGGCGUUGGCCAACAUUCUGACGGCGCUGGAGUACGGCGUGGCCACUGUUGACUCGUCGGUGGCCGGUCUCGGCGGCUGUCCCUUCGCGAAGGGCGCCACCGGAAACGUGGCCACAGAAGACGUGGUCUAUAUGUUGCACGGGAUGGGCAUUAAAACGGGCGUGGAUCUACCGAAGCUGAUGGAAGCGGGAACUUAUAUAUGCAAUGCGUUGAAAAAGCAGACCAACUCUAAGGUGGGCCGAGCGACCCAUUCCAAGACGUGCGGUCACACCGAUCAGCAAUAAAAGCACUGAUCAGCCAUUGUUAUCAUCGCCCGAACCCAUCACUACCACCACUACUACUACUUCUACUACUAUUUCCCACUACUGUUACACCACUUCCCGGGACUCCCCGAUCACUGGACCAAUUAGGGUGACCUUCCGGGACAUCACAAACACAUACACAACACUAUCUCUGUCUCUAACACAGAAUUUUCGAAAUUAAAUAUAAAUUUUAUUUCAUUAUUACAUCAAAUAAUAAGGUUUUAAUUAAAUGAUUAAAUAAAUUUAUUGCUUGGUUAAAGAAAAUUGUUAUUACCUGUAUAUAUAAAUAAUUGAAUUUUGUGAUCGUUAAAUUACCAUGUAGCGACAUUACGACCAUGUUUUAACGCUAUUAAUAACGUGCUCGUAAUAGACAUUGGUAUGCAUUACGUGAUGAUUGUUUAUUAAUUAAAUAAACAAUUAACAUGUUUAUUA